UUUAGUUUCAAACUGUAAAGUCUGCUCGAAGAAACCUCCGUAAUGAAAAUCUUGGUAUUGCUGCUUUCUGUUCUCCUUGGCGUCUCUCUUUCAGAGGGCGUGAUGGUUUGCUACUACGGUUCCUGGGCUGUGUAUCGUCAAGGCACCGGCAAAUUCGACGUAGAAAACAUUGAUCCUUACCUCUGCACCCACAUCGUUUACGGGUUUGCUGGCCUAGGUUCCGAUAACACAAUUCGGGCGCUGGAUCCAUGGAAUGAUCUGUGCGACAACUACGGGAAAUGCGCCUUUGACCGCUUCACUGGACUGAAGAAUAUCAAUCCUCAGCUGAAGGCUUUGCUUGCCGUUGGAGGAUGGAAUGAGGGAUCCGCCAAAUACUCUGCGAUGGCAGCCGACCCUGGAGCCCGACAGACUUUCAUCGCUAGUGUCCUGGAGAUGCUGGAAGCCCACAACUUCGACGGUCUCGACAUGGACUGGGAGUAUCCGACCGACCGCGGCGGUGCUCCAGAGGACAAGGUGAACUUCAUCACGCUCAUGUCAGAGCUGAGCGACGCUCUCCACGCGCGCGGUCUGUUGCUCACCGUCGCGGUGGCUGCCGGCAAGACGACCAUCGAUGCAUCGUACGAUGUGCCUGGUCUCUCUGCUGUAGUUGACCACAUCCACGUGAUGGCUUACGACUUGCACGGUGCAUGGGAGACCUACACGCAUCACCACGCCAUCCUAUACGCCUAUCCUCAGGACACGGGCGACAACGCCUUUCUUAACGUCGACUACGCAAUCAACUACUGGCUGCAGCUGGGAGCCCCUGCCUCCAAGCUCGUGCUAGGGACGGCCACCUAUGGGCGCUGCUUCAGGCUCGACUCCAGCGACUCGACUGGCAUGUACGCUCCCGCCUCACAGCCGGGCAGCGCCGGACCCUACACGCGGUCGCCUGGCUUCCUGGGAUAUAAUGAGCUGUGUGAGCACGAGCUGACGAGUGCGUGGACAGUCGUCAACGACCCUCAGAUGAACGAGCCCUACGGCUACGACCUGACCUUCGGCAACACCUGGUGCGGCUAUGACAAUCCUGAUUCUCUCAUUACCAAGGCGCAGUACGCGCAGCAGAAGGGGCUGUUGGGAAUGAUGGUGUGGAGCAUCGAGACGGACGACUUCCAGGCAGAGUGCCACGCUCAGCCCUUCGUCCUGAUCAGGACCACGAGGGAGGCCUUCACUGGUGUACCCAUCACCACUCCCGUACCCGCCUCAACCACCACCCGGGAUCCAAACCUCACUACCGAGUCAACCACGACCCAAGCGCCAACGACAGUCACGUUCCCCACAGCGGGACCAGGCGAACAUUGUUCCCACCCUGGCAACAAUCCUGACCCUGUCGACUGCAGCUUCUUCUACCAGUGUGUCUAUACCGGUAGUGGCUACAUCGAGACGGUGACACCAUGUCCCCCAGGCUCCCUGUACAACCCUGAGACUUUCGUCUGCGACUACGACUUCGCCGUGUGUGCCCUCGACCCCUCUUACUGUCCUGCGAACUGCCCUCUUUGAUUAUUUUAACCCUCGUGGCCUAUUAAAAUAACGAGUCAAACACAUUACUCUUUUUUUUGGUAUUGGUCGAACCUUGAUUGUUAUUAGUAUUAUUAUUUUUUAUUAUUUGAUGAUACCUCUGAUUAUUUUUACCCUCGUGGCCUAUUAAAAUAACGAGUCAAACUCAUUACUCUUUUUUUUUUGUAUUGGUUGAACCUUGAUUUUUAUUAUUAUUAUUUAUUAUUUGAUGAUACCUCUGAUUAUUUUUACCCUAAUGCGGCCUAUUGAAAUAACGAUGCAAACUCACUUCUUUUUUUUUGUAUUGGUCGAACCUUGAUUGUUAUUAUUAUUAUUAUUAUUUAUCAUUUGAUUAUUUGAUGAUACCUCUGAUUAUUUUUACCCUAACGGCCUAUUAAAAUAACGAUGCAAACGAAGCACUUUCUUUUUUUUAAUUAGUUGAACCUUUAUUGUUGAGCAUACGUUAGGUAGAAGGCUUAUGAACAUUAAUGCUCAACUACCAGUGCUAAUAAAUCCAACUUCGAGCAAAUACUAAAUUUUUUUCAUAAUAACCAAUUGUUUUGGUAACAUUUGGCAACGCAGAAUUAACACAGAAAUCAACCCCAAGUUUCCUCUGUUAUUAAAUUUCCUCACUCAGUCAAUUUUUACAUUUUCUAUUCCUUAACAAUAUCCUGCUGCCAUUAGUGGUGAGGCGAUCGAGAAACGAAUUUCCAUUUUUUGUAAUAAGUUUUUUUCUUAUUGACGAAGCCGUGCAAUCGAACUCAUCGAAUCAAUGUCGUGCAACCCUGCUCUGUUCUGGCAAUUUAGUAAAUGAUUUAAAUGCUGAUCCAAAUAAUUUAUUGACAUAAUUACGUGGCUACUGAAACUUAUCA